CCCCCGCGGGCGCCGCGAGGCGGCUGAAGAUGGCGGAGGGCGGCAGCGCGGAGAGGGACGAAGCGGAGCGGAGGUCCGCCGGGACGCGGCCUCCGAGCGCGCGGGACUUGCAGAUGGCCCUCGCAGAAUUAUAUCAAGAUGAAGUGCAGCGCACCAAUUCUGAUAGACCCAAAGCCGCAGUCUUUAAAAGUCCACGAACACCACCUCAACGAUUCUAUUCAGGUGAACAUGAAUACAGCGGAUUACGUAUAGUUCGACCUUCAACUGGGAAAAUUGUGAAUGAACUUUUCAAAGAAGCAAAAGAACAUGGGGCUAUCCCUUUGAGUGAAGCCACAAGAUCAUCAAGUGAUGAUAAAUCAAAGUCAUUUACAGGUGGAGGAUAUAGACUGGGCAAUUCCUUUUGCAAACGAUCUGAAUAUAUAUAUGGAGAAAAUCAGCUGCAAGAUGUUCAGAUUUUGCUUAAGCUGUGGAGCAAUGGUUUCAGUUUAGAUGAUGGAGAAUUGAGACCUUAUAAUGACCCAACAAAUGCACAAUUUUUAGAGUCUGUUAAGAGAGGAGAGAUUCCCCUGGAGCUGCAGCGACUGGUACAUGGCGGCCAAGUGAACCUGGACAUGGAGGACCAUCAGGACCAAGAGUAUGUAAAGCCUAGGCUACGCUUCAAGGCUUUUAGUGGAGAAGGACAGAAACUUGGAAGUCUUACACCUGAAAUAGUUAGCACACCUUCCUCCCCAGAAGAAGAGGACAAGUCUAUACUUAAUGCAGUUGUUCUCAUUGAUGACUCAGUGCCAACUACAAAAAUUCAGAUCAGAUUAGCAGAUGGGAGUCGUUUGAUACAAAGAUUUAAUAGUACACACAGGAUCCUGGAUGUCCGGGACUUUAUUGUACGCUCUCGUCCUGAAUUUGCAAAUCUUGACUUUAUUCUUGUGACGUCUUUUCCAAAUAAGGAGCUAACAGACGAGAGCCUGACGCUACAAGAAGCAGAUGUUCUCAACACUGUGAUGCUCCAGCACCUGAAGUAAUGUCGCCCUGUCCGUGCAGCUGCACGUAGGAACUUUGAGCAUCAUAAACUGGAAUGAAAAUGAUCCACCAAUCAGCAGUUCUUACGAAGAUAUGACAAGCAGAGCUUUAAAAUCAAGUGGCUGCAAGCCCUCCCAGGCCUACCUUGAUCACAGUCAGUCAACCAGUUUUUCAGGGAGAUGCUUUGUAUGUGCUGCACACUCGUGUGUUCCACCCACAGUUUCCUCUAUUGCUGAGCAAAGCUACUGAGGACAUUCAGGAGCAUGAAUUCACUUAGACUGGCUCUCAAGAACGACCAGCAUGAAGUCUGAGUUUCUGCUGAACCACAUAUUUCUCGGGUGCCGACCACUAUGAGAGGAAUCAGAUGUGGUGGUCUCCCAACCGCUCUUCCUCUUUGGUCACCAUCUCUGGUUCGUUUUCUGCUGCACCCAUAACAAAUUACAGAGUUUGUAGCUUAAAGUAACAUAGAUCUAUUUUCUUAAAAUUCUGUAAGUGGAAAGUUUACUGUGGGUCUCACUGUGCUGUAAAAUCCAGGUGUAGACAGGGCUGAAGCGGUACUAGAGAGUCAUGUUUUGUAUUUCAGUUCUAAUCCCUUGGCUUUUCAUCCCUUCUUUCAUUAUAAAGCUCGCCAUCAUUGCCUCUCUGUGACCCUUCCAUGGUCACAUCUCCUUGAUGUUUUUUCUCUUUUUUUGGUUCCCGGAAUCAAACUCAGGACUGUGCCCUGGCCAGGCAGUCUCCUGUGCCACUGGGCUAUAUCAUACCCAGCCCUGCCGCUCCCUGGUAACACCCAGGAAGAGUUGGCUGCUCGUGAGAGCUUAGGCGGUUCCGUGAGGCUGAGGACGAGCUCCUCCCCUUAAUCCCAGCUGCCCAGGGUUUCAGUGGUUUUGGUGGUGGUAGUGGUUGUUUUCAUGCAAUCAGGUUACUUGCUUGUGUUUUGGGGAGUAGGACAUGAGUGUGGGGGAAGGCAUCACUGUGCCCACUUGCCACAGUUCACCUCUCUCUCAAAAGAUUCGCAUCUACCCCAGAUAAAUUCAUCCAUCCGAAGGUGCUUAGAAGUCUAAACCUGUAACAGCAUCAACUCAAACUGCAAAAUCCUGCUUGAAGUUCGCCACACAGAAGCCCCAAAUCUCACCAUUUUAAACCAUCUCAGUUAAGAGCGACUCCCCAGGUGUAACUUCUCUUCACCCGUGAGCUCAGAAGUUAACCGUGUCCUCCCAAACCUGAUUGCACACAGCUGUCGGAUAAGCUAAGCCCUCCCUGAACCAAAAGCUGGCAGUGGAGUGAAGCAAGGAGCCGAGCAGCAAGCACACGCACGCACGGGGCCAGGCUUGCGCCCAGGCUCGUGGCCAGUGUUGACUGCGGCUCACAGGCCGUUCCUUCUCACGAACGGCACACAUCUACAGCGAGCACUUCAUCAGCUUGUUUCCUGCGUUCGUGUCAGCUCUCAUACCUCUUAGUUCAAGAUGGCAGCGUCUUCCGCUAUAACACUGUUAGGAAACAUGAGGGCCUCCGUGUAUGUGACGGGGAGUCACUCCACUGGACAGCGGCUUCUUCACACAUCCUUCCUGAAUAAUCCCACCUCUGCUGCUGUUUUUCCCCCGAGAUAGUGCAAGUGUAUGAGUCACACCCUUAGUCUCUUUAGAGGCUGAGUCCUCGGGCCUUUGGAUUUUCUGAGAGUAGCCAGUGCAGUCCGGCUGCACCCUCCUCGCCCUCGGCAGGGCCAGCCUUCCUGCUGCGCAUCUCUGCUCUCAGGGUCUUGCCACUGGGUGGGCUGGCAGCUUCCUCAGUCAUCAAAUCCUGGCUUCACAAGUAUCAGUUCUUCCUCCAAUUUACCAGUGUCUUUCACGUCUUACUACAUUUGGCGAGAAGAAAACAGUGUUUAAUAAUAUUUAAGUUUAUUUAUAAAU